CAGUCUCACGGAACUAUUAGGAUUUAAUGCUUGGUUCUUUGGUUCAUAUUUAUGAGUAGGAUUUCGCUAUUGAAAAGACGUUAAAAAUAUGAAUUAAUAUUUACAAUCUAAAAUUUGUCUUAGAGGACGUUAAAAAUAUCACUCCAUUAAUAUUUACAAUAUAAAUUUGUCUACGUUCUACCCUCCCUCCCUGUUAAAGAGAAACUUUCUUUGGGUUUGUACUAGUUAAAAACUUUCCGGAUCAUCAAAACUAUUUGUAUGUCAUUUCUUUUUCAGAAGGAAAACACCUGACAACACAACUUGACCAUGUCGGACUCUGUGGAUGCCAGACAAGUGAAUGCCAAAGAGGGUUCAAAUGUCACAGAUGCUGGAAUUGAUCAGACGGAUGCCAAACCACAUUCAGAUGUUUUUCAAUACAAUAUGAACUAUCCCAGUCUGGGACAAUGUAUCGUCAUCAACAACAAGAAUUUCCAGAGAAAUACAGGAUUGGGAGUUCGUAACGGGACAGACGAGGAUGCAAAGAAUGUGUUUCAGGCCUUCUCAAAUCUGGGCUUCAAAACGAAAAUUUACAAUGAUCAGACUGUGUCACAGAUGAGAAAUUUGUUAACUAAAGUGUCUAAAGAAGAUCACAGUAAAUCAGCCAUGUUUGCGUGUGUGUUGCUGAGUCAUGGAGAAGAUGAUAGGAUAUUUGGCACAGAUGACUGUAUUGAGCUGAAGGAACUGUUUGCACUCUUCAGAGGAGACCGCUGCAGAUCACUGGUGGGGAAACCCAAGCUUUUCUUCAUUCAGGCUUGCAGAGGCACAGGUCUGGAUGAUGGCAUCGAGUGCGACAGUGUAGGUGGAGAGGAGGCACAGAGGAUUCCUAUAGAGGCAGACUUUUUGUAUGUCUACUCCACUGUACCAGGUUAUUACUCUUGGAGGAACAAUGCUAAUGGUUCCUGGUUCAUCUCCUCACUGUGUGAGAUGCUGUCAAAAUACGGCAAGCAGCUGGAGAUCAUGCAGAUCAUGACACGUGUCAACCACAAGGUGGCGCUGGACUUUAAAUCCUCCUGCAAUGAUCCAAGGAUGACUAACAAGAAACAAAUCCCAUGUAUUAUGUCUAUGCUGACCAAAGAAGUAUGUUUCCCUAAAUAAUUAAUGUGUAUUUAACUGAUUAUGUUGCAGUGGGGUACAAACACUUUUAAAUCAUUAUUUUAAUAAUUAUUAUGUAGCCGUUUAUAGCACUGCAGACUGCAGUCAAAACAGGAAGGGAUAUAAAGGGAAUUUUAAGGGAAAUACUGGAUUUUAAUACACAAUUUUUUGAUCAUGGGUAUUUGAAAUUAUCUAUAUUUUCUUAAUCCUGGUGUGUAAAAUGUUACAGUGCUGGGUUUGACACAGACAGCUCUUUUAUGAUUUUUUUGGCUGUCACUCACCAUUUGUGCAUUGCUUGGUUCGUCUGCGAGGUUCAGUUCUCAGUUUCAUCAUCAGUUAUCAUCAGAAGUUCUGAACAUAAAUAAUAGCACAAUUUGUAUUAUGAUAAAUAAACAUUUUAGUUUGCUAUUAA